UUAGCGCAUGCUCACACGGGGCUGUCGCUAACUCCACUUCCGGUGUUUGCCUGGAGCUGGGAUUGCAUUCAGCUGAGAGGUCCCGCUGCUGGCGGGAUGAGCGAUUUCAGCGAAGACUUGCUGAGGCCCACGAAGGAGGAUGACCCAGCGGGAAGGAGCGUCCGCUCUGGUUCAGGAAUGCGUCUUCCUUGGCUCCAGAAGCACGUGGAAAGUGUGCCGACCCGAGGGAAAAAGGAGAAGGAUUUUGCUCAGACCACAAGCGCCUGUUUAAGUUUCAUCCAAGACGCCCUGCUGAAGCACCAGUGGCAGCGAGCAGCCGAGUACAUGCACAGCUACCUCCAGACCCUGGAGGACUCGGACAGCCAAAAGCGGCAGGCCGCGCCCGAGAUGAUUUGGAAACUCGGAAGUGAAAUUCUCUAUUAUCACCCCAAAAGCAGCGUGGAGACUUUCAAUGCCUUUGCGGACAGGAUGAAGAAUAUCGGCGUCAUGAAUUACUUAACGAUCUCCCUGCAACACACGUUGUACCUUCUGCACCAUGGGCUGCUGGACGACGCCAGCAGGAAUCUGAGCCAGGCGGAGACGUGGAGAUACGGCGAGAAGUCCUCGUCCCAGGAGGCGCUGAUCAACCUCGUCCAGGCCUACAAAGGGCUUUUGCAGUAUUACACCUGGUCUAAGAAGAAGAAGGAAUUGUCCGAGCUUGAUGAGGAUGACUAUGCUUACAGCACGGCCUCUCAGAACAUGUUCAGCCACAGCUGGAAGACGUCCAUCAACUUCUCUGCUCUGAUUCAGACGCCCGGGGUCUGGGACCCUUUUGUGAAGAGUUAUGUAGAGAUGCUGGAAUUCUAUGGGGAUCAAGAUGGGGCCCGAGAGGUCCUCACUAACUAUGCCUACGACGAAAAGUUCCCGUCCAAUCCCAACGCGCACGUCUACUUGUACAACUUUCUAAAGAGAGAGAAGGCGCCACGAGAGAAACUGAUUAGUGUGCUUAAGAUUUUGUAUCAGAUUGUACCAUCUCAUAAGCUGAUGCUAGAAUUCCACAGAUUACUGAGGAAAUCAGACCAAGAAGAGCACCGUAGACUGGGGCUGGAGGUGCUGUUCGGUGUCUUGGAUUUUGCUGGAUGCGCCAAAAACGUAACUGCUUGGCAGUGUUUGGCAAAAUAUCUGCGACAGAUCUUAAUGCGAAGCCAUCCUGCCUGGAUUCAGGAGGAGUGGAAUUCCAGGAAAAGCUGGUGGCCAGGCUUUCACUUCAGCUCCUUCUGGGCAAAAAGCGACUGGAAGGAGGAUAGAGCCUUGGCUUACGAGAAGGCGUUUGUAGCCGGGAUAUUGUUAGGAAAAGGUUGUAAAUAUUUUAGGUAUAUUUCAAAACAAGAUCAUCAAGUCUUAAGGAAGAAAUUUAAGCGGAUGAAGAAGUUAGUGAAAAAACACAGUAUUGUAAAUCCCUGAUACUGAAUCUUAGUUAUUUCAGCUUAGUAGCUACAGUGUAGUAGCUUAAUGGAUAAUUAUUGAAUGUAUUUAUUUAUUUGGUGGUCUAUAUGGCUAUAAAAAAGUUAUUUUUAUAUAUUUUUAUACUUUCUCUUACUAGUAGUUAUAGCCAGAGAAACAGUCUCACUACCUUCGUUCUUGGUAAAUAAAUAUUUUUCCUUUUUGUACUGUUAAAUAUAUUUAUUAAGGAAUAACCUUCAAAUAAAACAUGUAUUUAUUUAAUCAGAGAA